CAUGAACCUGCCCCCGGACAAGAUGAAGCUGCUCAACCAGUACGACAACGAGAAGAAGUGGGAGCUCAUCUGCGACCAGGAGCGUUUCCAGGUGAAAAACCCACCGUCCGCCUACAUCCAGAAGCUGAAGAGCUACUUGGACACGGGUGGCGUAAGCAGGAAGGUGAGGGCUCCCCCUUCCACCCCUUGUCCCCAUCCCGGGUCAGGGACGGUGCCAACGGUUCUCCCCGUCCCCCAGUUUAAGAGGCGAGUGCAGGAGUCGACGCAGGUGCUCCGGGAGCUGGAGAUUUCCUUGAGGACCAACUACAUCGGCUGGGUCCAGGAGUUCCUCAACGAGGAGAACAAGGGGCUGGACGUGCUGCUGGAGUACCUCGCCUUCGCCCAGUGCUCCGUCGCGUACGACAUGGAGAGCACCGAGAAUGGCAGCCCAGGCUCCGACAAGGGCAAGGUCCUGGACCGGUCGCUGGAGGACCUGAGCAAAAGCAACUCCUCAUCCCCCACCCAGGGCUCCUCCAAAACACGGCACCUCACCGUCAGGCUGAACCCCUCGCACAGCAGGAAGGCACUGAGGAACUCCCGCCUCGUCAGCCAGAAGGACGACGUCCAUGUCUGCAUCAUGUGUCUCCGCGCCAUCAUGAACUACCAGUCUGGCUUCAGCCUGGUAAUGAACCACCCAGCCUGCGUCAAUGAGAUCACCCUGAGCCUCAACAACAAGAACGCCAGGACCAAGGCGCUGGUGCUGGAGCUGCUGGCCGCCGUCUGCCUGGUCCGAGGUGGCCACGACAUCAUCCUGGCUGCCUUCGACAACUUCAAGGAGGUCUGCGGAGAGAAGAACCGCUUUGAGAAGCUGAUGGAGUAUUUCCGAAACGAGGACACCAACAUCGACUUCAUGAGCCUCCGUCUCACCGAGAGCGAGAAGCUGCAGGUGCAGAUCCAGGCCUAUCUGGACAACGUCUUCGACGUGGGGGCCAUGCUGGAGGACUCGGAGACCAAGACGGCUGUGCUGGAGCACAUGGAGGAGCUGGAGGAGCACGUCAGCCAGGUGGGACGUGGAUAUGACCAGCAAGCCCUGAGCCUCGACUUUUUGGAGCUGCUGCUGCGCUUCCUGCCCACCGAGUAUGAGCGGAUGCUCAUCGGGAAGUUCGAGCGGGAGCAGCAGCCGCCAGAGGAGCUCUCGGACGAGGACCAGUUCAUGAUCCGCUUCAGCAAGAUCCCGCGCCUGGCUGAGCGCAUGAAUGUCAUGAUCUUCCUGGGCAACUUCAAUGACACGGCCCAGCUGCUCAUGCCGCUCCUGGAGAUGAAGUCGACGGACCGCAAGCAAACGCUGCUGCAUUACCUGGUGCGGGUGAUCAUGGAGAAGUACCCUGAGCUGACCGGCUUCCACACCGAGCUGCACUUCCUCGACAAGGCGGGCACAGUCUCCCUGGACAGCGUGUUGCAGGACGUGCGGAGCCUGCAGCAGGGGAUGGAGCUGACCCGCAAGGAGUUCAUGCGGCAGGACGACAGCCCCGUGCUCAAGGACUUCCUCAAGGUCAACUUGGAGGUGAUGGAGAAGCUUCAGGCUGACAGCAAAACCGCCAAGGAGGCAUAUGAGUCAGCCGUGGAGUACUUUGGGGAGAACCCCAAGACCAGUCCCCCCACCACCUUCUUCCCCAUGUUCCUGCGCUUCAUCAGAGCCUACAAGAAAGCAGAGCAGGACAUUGAGCUGUGGAAGAAACAAGAAGCCGCGGCCAAAGAGGCAGAAUCCAGCCCCCCCGGCAGCGAGGACCAGCCCGAGGUGAAGUUGCCCAUCCAGAAAGCCAAGCGGCAGCAGAUGGACAUGAUCGCCGAGCUGAAGAAGAAGCAGAUGGUGAAGGAGCCGCUCAUCUAUGAAGGAAAAGACGGGGCCAUCGAGGAUAUUAUUUCAGCUCUGAAAACUGUUCCUUUCACGGCCCGGACGGGCAAGCGCUCGUCCCGGCUCUUCUGCGACAUGAGCUUCAACGAGGAGAGUCCUCUGUAG